AUGAUAAUGAGCUCAAACAAUAUGGCUGGUUUGAGAGAAAAAAUAUCGCUCAGCCCACAGCAGCUGAGGGUGACAGUUACGCGUUUUAGCCGUGAUGCAGUAUUAAUUAUGGAUGAAUUUGAUAGUUUAAUUUUGGAUUCUGAUCAUAUAUUUCAAAAAGUGACCUAUGUUGAAUUAACUAAUUAUGAUAGAACAAUGCCUCUUGAUCGAAAAGAAGAUAUUGGAAUAUUAUUUGAUGGAGUAUUUACAAAACACACGGCGAAAAAAUUUUCACAUGUAUUUGAUCUAUGGUGUGAAAAAUUAUUAAAUGAAAAAAGGCAGGAAGAUAUAAAGAAUGGUACCAAAACAUUUCAAGAUAGUUUAGGAAACGAUCAUCGCUUUGUCGACUCGUUUUUGACUGAUUUAUUAAAAUACUCCAAAGCUAAUUUUGUUCAUUUUUACUUAGAUCUUUUGGUAUUUUAUUCCAAAUUCAAACAAGUCAUUGGUUUUUCUGGCAGUAUAACAGCAAAUGGGAUGAAUAAAUUUAAAACGUUAUUUGAAAAUAAAAAAGCAUUCUAUUAUGAAAUUUCAUCAUUUUUUGGUUUAUUAAAUCUUCGAAAGAAUUGA